UCCAGUACAGUCGCAACGCGCUCGUCUCAAGUCAGUUCAUCUCGCUGUCGCUAUCGCGUUUCAGUUCAUUAAAAAAAAUACCAAUUGCACUGUAGGUGAGUUGAUGCUGCAACGUUGAAGUAAGCAAAUGGAGCGCGUCUUUCAGUGUCCUCUGUGUGAGGAAUGUUUCGAGUCCAAAAUUUGCCUGGAAAACCAUCUUGGAGAUGUUCACAAACGGUCAAAUCUUGCGGAAUUGAUUGCCGCUACAUAUGCAGGUGAAUCCGAGCCCGGGUCGGUGAUAACUUCGCAACCGGUUGCCACCAACUUACCAAACUGUGAUAGUCAAAUCGAGAUCAGCCAGAAAGUCACUUCCGAAAACGACCAAGACGACUUCGAUUGCUGUGGAUGCUGCUUUGGAGAUGGCGGCGAGGGCAAUGCUGAAGACUGUCAGUCGACCGGUCAGCAAGAUGGAGGUGGAUGGUUGUCUAGCGGAGAAGCCGAUGGUGGAGGAGGUUCUUGUGAUUAGUUUUAGAAAUUUAGAUCGUUCUGAAUUAUGAACUAGUUCUCAAAUUUUCCAUCAACAAAAAACAACAUUGUUUUAACAUUUUAUAAGUGUUCGAUUAUUGCCAGACUUGUGUGUGUAUGUGUGUUUAAUAUAUGUGUAAACUAGUAAAUGUUAAAUAUAUAUCCAAUAA